CUCCACUCAAAAUUCACGAGCGAACGCACACCGGCGAACGGCCGUACAUCUGCCGCCUGUGCGCGCGCGGCUUCAUCUCCAAAGGCGUCAUGGACACCCACAUGAAAAGCUGCGACGGCGUCUCCGAUACCUAGUUAAUGGUCGCGAAAAAACGGAAAGGUCGCCCCCGUAAGCUCGCCAUUAAAGUUAAAGAGGAGCCGUGUUCGGAAGGCGAGGACGGCGUUAAGUUCGUUUGUCACGUGUGCAAGACGGACGAAAAAAUGACGGACCAGCAGCUGCGGAGACACUUCCGCGAGCUGCACAAGGGAAAAAGGCUGCGCAGCAUGAAGCUGCACAUUGAAAAUGCGAUACAGUGCGACGUGUGCCCGAAGUUCUUUCGCUCGCUGAAGAGCCUGAAGGAGCACAUGGAGACGCACAGUAAUCAGUUUAAUUGCGAUAAGUGCACCGCGCAGUUUCGGAAGAUCGUGGAUUAUACGGUGCACUUGCGGUUGCACUCCGAUGAGAAUCUCUUCCGUUGCAUUCUGUGCGAGUUCAAGACCGAUUCCAUUCUCGAGAUCACCGAUCACCUGAACAGCACGCACGAGAAGAACCACAAGUACAAGUGCAGCAAGUGCGCGAAGGGGUUUCACGUGCAGGCCUGGCUGCAGGAGCACGAAAACUAUCACUCGGGCGAGAGACCGUUCGAGUGCGAGUUCUGCGCGAAGACCUUUCCGUACUCGCGCUACCUGAUCGCCCAUCGCAACGCGAUACACAAGGACGAGUUCGUGCGCGCGUCGAGUCUGCACGAGUGCGUCAUCUGCAAGAAGGCCUACCAGCACAAGAACAGCCUCAAGCUGCACAUGAACGUCCACACGGGUAACGUCUCGAUCUGCGACGUCUGCGGGCGGGCCCUCUCGAGCAAGGAGAAGCUCAAGUUCCACAUGCGCACGCACACCGGCUACAAGCCGUUCAGCUGCACCUACUGCGGCAAGUGCUUCACGAAGAAACCGAUUCUCGUCGAGCACGAGCGAAUCCACACCGGCGAGAAGCCGUACUCGUGCGAGUUCUGCGCGCGCGGAUUCUCGCAACGUUCCAGCCUGGUGAUACACAUGCGCGGACACACCGGCGAGCGGCCGUACGUUUGUCACUUGUGCACGAAAGGCUUCGUCGCGCGUGCGAUGCUCAACAUUCACUUUAAAACCUGCAGGGGCAUGGAGUAACUGACUGUCUUAGUGCAAACCACUCAACUUGAUCUCAAAUUAGUCCUAGUAGUUGUAAGCGAACUUCGUGUAUAUAGGUUUUUGUAGGAAGUGUGGUAAUAAAUUAAUGUCCGUAUAGUUUCGUUUGUACCUUACCUGAUCCAGCGCGUUACGUAGUCCAAAUGGCAUUUUGUGAAUUUUGAAUGUAGCAUCUAAGACACCACGAAUCGUAAGUCCUUUACUAUAAAAACAGUGGCACUUGGUGAGUACCGGCAGAAGUUACUCACUACUUCUGUCUCUCUCACAUUCGCUCCUUUCUUUUUAGUUCGAUGUAAGGCAAAAGAAACGCAUUCGUGGACCCCCUCCCUUCCCCCGUAAACGAAGGUCUUUAUGAUCGAGUGUAGAAAAGUAAACAUUACCCCUCCCCCCUCGAAUAAUUUUUGGAAAGAGGUUUAAGGGUGAACGUAUCACCGAAGGGUGAGGGGAGAU